UGGAACAAUAUCUAUUACAAAGUUAAUGUUCAUUUUAUCACACCUAUCAAAUGGGGACCAUAUUGUUUUGUGAUUAUUCCAAAAAUAUAAGUCGAAGGUUAAGUCUUGACACUAAAUAAAAGAUCAGGGGUACAGUAGUAACUGAAAAAACCGCAACAGUUCUUAUUAGGUCUUAACGACAUUCUCUAUCGGAGGUGAAACCCCUACCCUCCUCCUCCUCUGCGCCAAACGACAGCCGUGACACGAUGGCAGCACCGCCAUCAUCUAUCUCAAUCUCCACCACCACUACCCAACCAAACACAGUCUCAACCUCCGCUCUCCGCUCUUUCUUCUCCCGCUUGUCCUCCUCCCUCCGUCAAUCCUUCUCCCAACGCCGCCCAUGGUACGAACUCAUCGAUCGCUCCACACUUUCUCGUCCGGAAUCCUUCUCGGAAGCCACCUCACGCAUCCGCAAAAACUUCUCUUACUUCCGUGUGAACUAUACUGCCCUUCUCGCUUUUGUAAUCGCCCUUUCUCUCCUCACCCAUCCCUUUUCUCUCCUCGUCCUCCUCUGCCUCCUCGCCGCCUGGAUAUUCCUCUACCUUUUCCGCCCCUCGGAUAACCCACUCGUCCUCUUCGGCCGCACCUUCUCCGACCGUGAAACCCUGGUGCUCUUGGUCCUUUUCUCGAUUAUUGUUGUCUUCUUAACGAACGUAGGGUCGCUCAUGAUCUCAGCCCUUCUGAUCGGAUUAGCGAUUUUAUGCGUCCAUGGAGCAUUUAAGGUGCCAGAAGACCUCUUCCUGGAUGAUCAAGAACCGCCUAAUGCCGGAUUCCUUUCUUUCCUCGGCGGAGCUGCUUCAUCUGCUGCCGUUGCCGCUGCUCCCGCCGUCGCACGCGUUUGAUAAUAGAGUUUUGUUGCUCAGGUUUUAAGAAUACCUAAUUUUGAGUUUAAUUGUUCUAUUCACUGGUUAGACAGGCUAUUGAGUGCCUCUGAUUAGAUUAAUUUUCAGAAUUCUUUUAGGGUCUUUUUACCCACAUUGAAUGAUUGAUCUUCAAGAUUAAAUUCAAUUUCAACUUGCAAUCUUCAA